UCCCAGAGUGCAACAGAGGGGGCAGUUCAUCAACAUGUGCAUUUGUUAUUGUUUGUUGCACUCACACAGUCAGUUUAAGUCUCAUCACGAUCACAGGCACACGUACAAGGACAUGAAAGAUCUCAGGUGAUCUGAUUCUGCAUUAAACCUAUCUUUGUAUUAAGGCAUCUGACCUGAUUUAUAACUAUGGAGGAAAACAGAACUGUGAAAUUCAGAGAUGUUGCAGAGAACUAUUUCUCACAGACGAGGGUGGACUGUCGCUACACUAUAAGCAGUCAACACAGUUGGAGCAGUCAUGACUGGAUAGGUCUAUUUAAGGUGGGAUGGCUGACAGUGAAAGAUUACUACACUUUUGCCUGGGCUCUAGCACCGGAAGGGUACCAAACGGGAACAGAUGCAAACUGUAGUGUGGCCUUUUACUCAUCUUAUCUACCAAAACCCGAAGGGGAGGCGUAUCAGUUUGUGUAUGUGGAUGAACAUGGCGAGAUUUGUGCGGUCAGUUCUCAGUUUACUUUCUGUGCUCCAAGACCUCUGGAUGAACUUGUUACGCUCGAGCAGGAGAAAAACGGUGAGGAAGAGGAGGAGGGAGAUGACCUGCUGCUGGUGGUGCCGAAGGCUCUGAUCCUGCAGAGUCUCUUAGAAGGAUGUCAGCGUGAGUUACACGAGUUGCAUAAGAGGCUUGAGGUUGCAGAUGAUGAGGUGGAGAGAGAGAGGGAGAGAUGGAAGACGGACAGAGAUGAGUUUGAAAGAGUGCGAAAAGAGAUGAGGAGUCAGAUUGAUGAGCUAAAAGACAACCUGAGGCAAAGCACUGAAAAAAUUGAGGAACUGGAGCAAAAACAAAAGGAUGUGCAAAGCACACAUGAAAACAUGACUGCUGAACGUAGUGGACUUCUAGCAGAGAGAGCUGAAAACCAUCAGCGAAUCAAAGAACUCAAACAGGAUGCUGCCACUCUGACUCAACAAAAACAGGACAUAGAAGCCGAGCUGGACAGAAUGAAGGAAAGAGUUAAAAAGAUGACCACACAAAGGCGAGAUGAAGAAAAGGAGAAGAAAGAUUUGCAGAUUGAGAAUGAGCAUUCACAUGCUGAGCUGCAGACCUUGCAGGAGCGUCUGGAGGCCAGCGAGCGCAGCGCUGACGCCCUCCGCAGGGACCUGAGUGAACUGGGCUCCAUGCAGAGUCACAGCCAUGCAGAGCUGCAUCAGGUCAGACUGCAGUCUGCACAGAUUAAUUUACAACUGUCCCAGGCUAACCUGGCUCUGCGUGAGGGACAAUCCACCUGGGCCCAGGAGAGAGAGACUCUGAGACAAAGUGCAGAGUUGGAUAAGGAUCGUGUCCAGAAACUGAGCCGCGAGCUUCAGAAGAAGGAAGAGUGGCUCCAAGAAGAGAGAACAGAGCGAGAGAAACUGGAAGUGGAGCUGGGGAACGAGAAGGAUUGUAACCGGGAACUGAGAGCCAGUCUGAGAGCCCUGCAGAAGGAACAAGAGCAGCAUCAGCUGGAGAAACAGGAGCUCUUAGAUCAUAUCCAUGUGCUGGAGCUGAGGCUAGACACUGAGACAGAUGCUAAGUGGGCUGAGGCAGCGGCUACACCAACAUAUUGCAUUGAUAGACCUCCAUCAAUUGAAGAAAAGCCACCACAAGAGUCUUUAAGUGUGCUGGACAGUGAGCAGUUUAGCUCUCAUGGGUCAACAGAGCAAAGCCAAAAGGAUAAUGAGAACGAUAUGAUGGCAAAGGAUCUAGAAGUGAAGCCUUAUUCCAGUGUGAUUGCUGACAAACCUUCACUGCUUUCUGAACACAAAGACAGUGUCUUCAGUGGUCUUACUGACGCCCCCUUGUGGUGAACCAGAGGUGGAACAGAAGAACCUGUGUGCAGCUGUUUACAUCAGCGCAUGAAGAUCAUGUGCUCCUGAUCAGUGUGAAAUAUCAAAACAGUUUUCUAAGCUGGCUUUUUAUGUAAUCUAAUAAUCUAAAAGUGAGGUCUGUGGUAGAUCCAGUAGUGUGAAUGUGUCUGUCAGUAUGAGUUUCCAUUAAGAGUAAGGUGAUGUAGUAUGUUAGUAUGUUGUCUAGAUAUGCCAAUUAUAGCGCAUUCAACAUGAAAGAUCACUUACGUAUGAUGAAAAAAAAAAUGCCAUUAUGGAGUGCUAUAACACAAAGUUUAGAUUUAAAAUAAUGGGAAUGAAUUGUUAUACAUUUGAUGUAGCAUAAAUGAGUUCUUUUUAGAUUUUGAAGGAGCAAGUCAAGUGUUUCUGUUCAGAGGAGUUGCUAGAAGGGGAAAGGUGGGGAACUAUUUGGGGUCCCCAAAAAUAUCCCCUCGAGGGUCCCCGAUCUUAACCGAGGAGACAAUGUCAGCUUUUGAUUCGACCUUUCUCUGUUCAGAAUGUUAUCUCUAGGUGUGCUGGUUUGUUGUUCUGUAUCACCUGACAAUGACUUGAGUGCAUUCGAGUGAUCAGUUCCCUAUUUUAGAUUUUAUAAAUAAAUUUUAUCACAGUU